AUAGCUCCAACAGACUCGACACCACCGGAAACCACCACCACCGUCGAUUCCGCUCCCGCACCGCAAACCCGAUCUCCCGCAAUGGGCGAACAAAACGGCUCAAAUACUCCUAUGGGAGAUCUCUCUAGUCUGUCUAGUACACAGGUCCGGCCUGGUGGUGCCCCUGCGCGGGUUUAUCUCAAUGAGAAAGUUGUGCCGCAUUUACUUGAAGGGAUGAAGUCUGUUGCGAGGGAACAGCCUGCUAAUCCUUUACGGGUUCUUGGUGAAUUUUUGCUGCAGAGGAGUAAUGAGAUUGAGGGUGAGGGUAGGAAAGAGUCGGAGUAG